AUGCCUACCGUCGCUUUUGGUCUUGAGUUGGAUGAGGAUACGACUGAAGAAGUAGAGGCGGCGAGGAAGAAAGGACUGCCCGCAGAGCGUCCCCAACUCAAAAUUGAGAUCCCAGCAAACAGAUACGAUCUCCUAUGCAUCGAAGGAAUCGCCCGCGCCUUGCGGAUAUUCCUUGCGCUGGACAAGGCACCACAAUACAAGCUGACUUACCCUCCAGGAGGGGAGUCAGAUCUGUUGACGGUCACUGUCGCUCCUGAGACGAAGCAAAUCCGACCAUACUUUGCCUGUGCAGUCCUGCGCAACGACAAACUGCACCAGAACCUGUGCAGGAGACGUCAAUUCGUUGCGAUCGGUACGCACGACCUGGACACGCUGAAGCCACCGUUCAGAUAUGAGGCACGGUCACCGAAGGAUAUCAAGUUCGUGCCUCUGAAUAAGGAACAAGCCUUCACCGCAGAAGAGCUAAUGACUGUCUAUGAGUCAGAAAAGCACCUAUCACGAUACUUGCCUAUCAUACGGGACUCACCUGUCUACCCAAUCAUCUACGACACAACCGACACCGUGCUCUCUAUGCCUCCCAUCAUCAACUCGGAGCAUAGCAAGAUCACCCUGAACACGCGCAACAUCUUCAUCGACAUCACGGCGACGGACGAGACGAAGCUGGCGAUCGUCGCGAACAUCAUCACGACGAUGUUCUCAGAAUACUGCUCUGUGCCUUUCGCCAUUGAACCGUGCAAAGUCGUCUACCCUGAUGGCACCACUCGCAUUACUCCUGACCUCACUUACCGCCCAGCAACUGCUCACGCCUCAUAUAUCAACUCAUGUACCGGUCUCAACCUAAACGCGAAGGAGGUAGCGGAGCUCCUCGAGCGCAUGACCCUCUCUGCGACGCUCUCAACGGCGAACUCGGAUGAGAUCAUCGUGCAGAUCCCGCCCACACGGCCGGACAUUCUGCAUGAGUGCGACAUCAUGGAGGACGCUGCCAUCGCAUACGGCUUCAACAAGCUGCCAGAUACUUUCCCUGCGACGAGCACGGUGGCGCAGCCGCUGGCGAUCAGCAAGCUCAGCGACAUCGUCCGCAUCGAGUGGGCGCUCGCCGGUUGGGCUGAGGCCCUACCUCUCAUCCUGUGCUCACACGAAGAGAACUUCGACUGGCUCAACCGCAAAGACGACGGCACGCAGGCCGUGCGCAUCGCGAACCCGAAGACGCUCGAGUUCCAGGUCGUGCGCACGUCGCUCCUGCAGGGCCUCCUCAAGACGAUCCGCGAGAACCGCUCGCACCCACUCCCGAUCAAGGUCUUCGAGACCGCCGACGUCGUCUUCAAGGACAAGACGCGCGAGCGCCAGGCGCGCAACGUCCGCCACGCCGCGGCGCUCUGGUGCAACAAGACCGCCGGGUUCGAGGUCAUCCACGGGCUGCUCGAUAGGGCCAUGCAGAUGCUCGAGGUCCCACGGAUCGCGAGCACGGACACGAAGGCAGAGACGGGGUACUACAUCAAGGAGAGGCAAGACCCGACGUUCUUCCCUGGACGUGCUGCCACGAUCUAUUACCGCGCUCCUCCGAAGGAAAGACACACCAGUGCGCUGUCAGCCCUGAAGAGCAGCAUCAAGUCUGUGGUCGGCUCGCCGGACGACCAGGAGAUCGGCGUCCUCGGCAUCCUGCACCCGACCGUGCUCGAGAACUUCGAGAUCCCCUUCCCGUGCUCGGCCGUCGAGUUCACGCUCGAGCCGUUCAAGCGGGAGAUGCAGGCCAUCUGGACGAACUCGGACUGA